UUUAGUUCCUUUCACAUGGUCAAGAAAAAUAGUGUUGCUUAUGUAGUUCGUUAUAAUUUAAUAUUUAUAAUAAUAUAAGUUUUAUAUUUAAGUAUAUAAAUAAAAACAGGUCAGAAUGGCAGAAUUUGUAGAAAAACGAUGUGAGGAUAUGAUUCCUGAAUUGGAACAAAUGGAAAGAAUAAAACUUUUUGAUAAAAAUGAAAUUCGAGGUAUAGCAAAAAAGCUUAAAGAAUUUGAAUAUAAAGUUCAGCGACAUACAAAAUGUAAAGAAGACUAUUUACGAUAUAUUCAAUAUGAAAUGGAUCUCUUGAAGCUUAUUAAACAACGUAGAGAUAAAUUUGGUAUUACUCAUAAAAAAUCUGAUAUUGAUUAUGCAAUUGCGAAUAAAGUUAAUCAUUUAUACAAAGAAGCUAUAUUUAAGUUCCAAGAUGAUAUUAGAUUUUGGAUUGCAUAUAUAAAAUUUUGUAAACAUGUGCGUUUUCAAAGUAGUGUCAGUCGUAUGAUAGGUAAAAUGUUACAAGUACAUCAAGAUAAGCCAAAAUGUUGGCACAUCGCAGCACAGUGGGAAAUUGAAGAAAAUAAUAAUAGACAAACUGCUCGUCAAUUUCUUCUUCGUGGUUUACAUAUUCAUCCAAAUUCGCAAUUAUUAUUUAUUGAUACUUUUAGAUUAGAAUUGGGUGAAACAUUAAACAAUACUGAAGAUAAUGAAAAUAAAACACAAAGCACUUCAUCUGGAGUAGAUGAUGAAAAUGACAUGCCUUUACCAUUAAAAAGAGCUUAUAUUGUAUAUAAAGAAGCGAGCAAAUGUGUAGAAGAUAUCAAGUUUAUUAUAGAAUUACUGAAUAUUACAAAAGAAUACAAGGCAGAAAAAUUACAGAAGAAAAUUGUUAGCGAUAUGAUCCAACAAUACGCACAUGAACCCUUAAUGUGGGAUACAAUGGCACGCCGUGAAUUGGAAGGUCUAGUACAACCGUUUGUAUCUGAUGAAUCAAUAAUGGAAGUUAAUUCAUCUGAGCAAUCUUCUUUAAGAGAUCGUAUAACUUCUUGUAAUAAAGUUUAUCAAACAGCUGUAAAAAAAAUUAAAACAGAAGAAAUGUGGUCUCUUUAUAUAGAAUGCUUAUUAGAAAUAAAUCACGAUACAGGAAGUCUUCCAAAUUUUAAGAAAAAAUUAUUAAAAAAUACUUUAGGACAGGCACAUCAAGCUAAGAAAUUGAAAGAAAAAUAUUAUUUACAUUGGAUUGAUAUGUUGAGUAACGACAAAAAAGAUGAAAAUGCACAAAAGAAAUUAGAAAAAAUUCUUUCCUCUGCUACUGAAAUUAUUCCAAAUAGUGUUAGUCUUUGGCAUGUUAGAUUAAGACAUUUAUUAGUUACAAGACAGGAAGAGGAAGCUACUUCUGUAUUCGUAAAAGCAACAGAAAUUCUUGGUGAGAAGUCAUUACCUUUAUGGAGAAUGAAACUUUUACAUACACAAGCUAUAAAUCCUGAUAAAACUGAAGAAAUUUUUCAAGCUGCAGUUCAAGAACAUCCUAACAUUUCCAAAGAUAUGAAGCCUAGUUAUAUCGAAUGGCUAGUUUUAACCAAAAGUAUUCAAAUCGCUCGGAAAAUGUACGAUAGUCUUUGUUUACAACCACCAAUGUGUCUUGAAUUACACAAAAAAAUGGCAGAAUUAGAACUUAUUCAACCAGAAGUUGUAUUAAAAUAUGCAAGACGUCCUCAUGAAAUGGCAGCUUUACAAUUUGGUAAAAAUAAUACUAAGGUUUGGAUAGAUUAUAUCAUAUUUGAAAUGAAACAUGGAGAUCCGAAAAAAAUUGGAGAUAUACAUAGACGAGCAGUUAAAACUUUAGAAGCACCUUUGACCGAUACUUUCAUUUCUGAAUAUGCUUUAAUUAAAGCUAAUCCUGAUUCAAUAAAUUCAGUUUCAUGAAAUAUUAGAUAUAUAAAAAUCCACACUUGUAUGUAUUUUAUAUUUCAUUGAUUCAUAAAUAAUCAGCAUGUGAGAUUAGAAUUUAUGAUUCCAGUGGUAUUUCUUUCUCCAUACGAGUCAGUACAAUAUUACGAUCUGUUUCGUUAGGUAAUUUUGUCCUAUCGCCAGUUUUUAAUGUUGAUCUCAUAUCUAAGCACAUGAUAUCUGUUGAAAGUGAGUGCUGUUUAUCUUCUAAAUUUUUAUCAACUCGUAGAAGCAAAGAUUCUAGACCAUUAUAUGUUGCUCUAUAAAAAAAAAGUAAGAAGCAGAUUAUAAAAACAGAUACUACGAGAUAUAUUCGUGAAUAAUAAAAUAUUUACAUAAAUACGUA